AUGGAAGCGAACGAGUCUCUGGUAGACGACCAUCCAAACCCGGUAGCACAGCUGCGUGAAGUGCAGAAUGCUGUGGAGGUACCGGUACCAUUGCAGCAAGGUCCUGUCGUUCCAUCACCGGCAGAUCCACUGCCAGACGUACAUGAAGAGCUGCAAGUUGCAGUAGCACAGACCGAUCCUGAUAUUGCACGAUUUGAAGAGAACAGCACACGUCAGGCAUUGAAUGUGCAGACACCGGUGCGUGAUCUUCUUGAUAGCAACGUUCUUCUUGGCCUCCGUGUCCGUCUCCGCGCAAACGAAGCCGUACGAGCCUUCUCAGAGUACUUGAAGUGGCUUGUACUUGGCUGGCACGUUGAGCAUUCAGCUCUUCAGAUGCGUGUGGAGAUCGUUGCCGUCUUGACUGGCACUCCUGACGGAAUCGCGGUCGAUGGAUUGGUCCCCACGUGCACUUCGUUGGUUGCCGCUGGACACGCGUGCGUGCAUUCCUCAUCCAGCGACUACGUGGAGAUCCACACGCCCAAGCUGGUCGGUGGCGCCUCGGGGAGCGGAGCCAACUACUUCACACUCAAGUACUUCGACCAGGACGCUAACUUGGCUCAGAGUCCGCAGACGUACAAGCAUAUGGAGUGUGAUGUUGCUAGUCGCGAGCGCGUGUUCGAGAUCGUCCCGGGCUUCCGUGCUGAGACCUCGAACACGCACCGUCACAUGUGCGAGCUCGUGGGUCUGGAUCUGGAGAUGACUAUUAAGGCGCACUACCACAAGGUGCUCACAGAGAAAGAGAAGUGGCUGGGUCGUCUCAUCAAGGAGAAAUACGACACAAACUUCUACAUCCUCGACAAGUUCCCGCUGGCUGUGCGUCCGUUCUACACGAUGCCAGACCCGACGGACAAGCGUUGGAGCAACUCGUACGACAUGAUGAUCCGAGGCGAGGAGAUGGUCUUGUGUGCUCAGCAUGUGCACGAUCCCAAGCUGCUGAUGGAGCGUAUGGACGAACUGGGUGCGCCUCAGGAGUCGAUACGCAACUACAUCUACUAUCUCCGUCUUGACUCUCUGCCCCACGGUGGCGGUGGUAUUGGCCUGGAGCGUGUGGUCAUGUUGUACUUUUGUCUGGGCAACAUCUGUAAGUCCUCCAUGUUCCCGCGUGACCCCAAGAGGUUGCUCCCUUAA